AUGCAAAAAUAGAAGCCUUAUAAGCAGUAAUAAGUAGUCUAAUAAGCAUUACUUUGAAUUACCAAAAUCUCAAGGAUCAAGAGCAUUUUCAAGACCCAACUUCAGAAUGAACAGAUUCAUGCAUGGAUACAGUACUCAAUUGGAGAGGUUUCACGAAUUGAUUUCUAACAAAUAUCCCAAAUCUGUAUUUUGUAAAUUGACGAGAAAAAUUUUUACUCUUGACAAACAUAAUGGUUAACAAUCAUACUGGCUUUGAAAGUUUCAUAGUAACACUCUAAGUCUCAAUUCUGAUGCCUUUAAUGUUGUUUAUUGCCUCAUAGCUGUUGCUCCAAUAUAUCAUCCCCUUUAGGAAUGCAAUGAUCGGCUAAUUUGCUUCUUACAGUUGAAAUCCGAGCUUUUUGAAAAUUUAUGCACAUUUCUGAUUGCACACCUC